AUGGCUUUCUUAUACAUAAUCGUCGCCUUGGCUAUCCAGGGGUCAUUCACUUACGCCAACGUAACUGACAGUGAGGAAUGCGUCAACAGUGGUGAGAUCAAAAACGAUAUCCCAGAUGUUUAUUAUAAAACCGAAGGUGACGAUCAAGUCGUCAAAGACUACUCCGCCGGCCAAAAGGAUUGGAUCGAUUUCUUCCUCCUUCCUGACGCGCACUUAUAUCCAACAUCCUCAGUUGCGAUGAUGAGUCAAGCAACUAACUCUGACAAGUCAGUUGAAGAACAAUUAGAAGAAAUUAAGGAAAUUGCGCAGAAGAUAACCCUCGCCAUUCAGAGCGAAAUGGCAAAUCUCCUCACUUAUGCCAUCAAUUCCUGUGACAAAGAGAAAGGUGAAGAAGAAGAAGGAAAAGGAGAAGUAGAAGACAACCAUUUGCGUAAGAGGAGAUCAAUGGAAAGCCCCAUGGCUAGCACUGAAUUGGUGACAAGAUUGCUUAAACAUAUCAAAUCAAACAACGAAUACCAAAACAUUGCCAUCGACAAAAUGAUGACUGCUCAAGAAAUCGCCGACAAGUACGGAAUUGAAUUCAGCCCCGACACAGAAAUCCUUUCUGACCUCGCUAUGGCUGCCAACCACCAGGCUGAGGAAAUGAACUCCCUAUUGCAAGAGUCAUUAGAGAUGAAGAACGUCACCCGUAAAGCUGAAGCUGCUAAAGUGGAGGCACCAUCAACAAACAAAGCUCAAGAUAACGACGGUUACUUUUCGUUCACUAUUCAGUAUCCUGAACAGCCAGCUGUUCAACCAGCUGUGAACCACCACCAUCACGCGGACUCGUACCCGAGCUACAACUAUUACUACAACUACCCUGAGACUCAGAUCCCUGCUCCACCAACACAGAGCUACUACAGCAGUCCUCCCGUAAGCAAGCGGCCAGACUUCUACGACACCGUGUCUUACAUCCCUCAGGAAUACUCAUAUUGUUCCAUGGAGCCUAUUGCAUCUGCAUCGACUAUCAUCAUGCCCCUCGAAGAGAUUUUGGAACCUGAGCCAGAGUUAGUAGGCGAAGAGUUAGAAGAGACGGUUUCUUCUAAGGUUUACGUGGACCGUGGGGACGAACCAGGGUCAGCAACUGUCAGCCAUGUCAUGACUUACACGGUCGGUGAGAAGUCACAUUUCAGGACCCCGGCGAUUGAGAGGUUACCGCAGCAAAUGCAGUACUGCUUCUUCCUGAUGUAAAGUUCAACUUAGAUUAGUUAAUUAUUA